ACCUAGCUAAGAACAAAUAAAAUACCAGCAUCCAUGGCUAAGUCACGGGCAUUGGUUGCAACACUGUUGCUGGUCCUGGUGGUGUCCGUCACCGCAAUAGAGGGUGUUCAUGGCAUAUGUGGCAUGUCAAAUGAUGAAUUCAAGCUUUGCCAGCCCGCAGCAGCAGUGGAAAACCCAACAGACAAUCCGUCGGCUGAGUGUUGUGCCGCCCUUGGGAAGGCCAACCUGUCGUGCAUUUGUCGCUACAAAGGCAUCGCCGGCAUAUGGUUGAGGAUGUACCACAUCGAUGCGGACCGUGCAAUGGCGCUGCCCGGCAAGUGCGGUCUCACCAUGCCCAACAACUGCUCGUGAUGAUCGGGUGCACUAUCCAUAAGCAUCAAACUGUCUGUCGGUCUAUAUAUAUGCAUCAACAUUAAUACGGCUAAAUAAGUGGAGGAGCAAGUGAAAGGUCUUAUUGUUGUCGUGUGAUUUGAAUUCUCUGCCUAUCUCAUUAAUCUGUCGAUAAAUGGUAGCAUGUAUGUAUACUGGAAGUGUAAGGAGGACAAAAGUGCCUUGCAUGCAGUCCCAUAUAUUUGAUAUCUUAA